CUCUCCCCCGGCCCCUCCCUCCCUCGCUCUCUCUCUCUCUCUGCGUCUGUUUUGUUCUCUCUCUCUCUCUACUUUGCUUCCGCAUUCGCUCCGCUCUGUGCCAUUCAAAUCAGCUCCAAAAGGGAAAAUCAAAUCAAUGCUUCUUUCCAGCAACAAAUACAAAUCCUAUCCCAAAGGAAGAAAUCAACCCCGUUUUUAAGCUUUGAUUCGGUUCACUUUACUCUCUCCCACUCUCUCUGGUUCUCUCGAAUUUCUACUCAAAGUGAGGAGUUCUGUCCUAUAGUUCUACUACCAACCACAAAGGAUCCGAUGCAUAUAUAGGGUUGCCUGUUGGUGCAUUUUGGAAAUGGAUAAGGUUUCGGCUGACUGCCCUUACCCAGGAUGCUUCUUCUGUGUGAUGAAGGAAGGCAACCCUAGCAAGCGCCGCGCAAGCAUCCUGAAAUUCUUCCGAGAACUGCCCUCACAGGACGACGAUGGUCAGGUCCUCCCAAUCAGCGGCCUCUGGAAUACAGCCAUGGCCCACCCGAAUGAUCCCGAGUUUAUCGAGCUCGGAAUAUUUGAGUGCAUGGCUUCCCUCAUUUGGAAAGGUCUGAAGAACCGGCGAUGGCUGUCUCAUGAUCAGAACAUCUACAUCCCUUAUUAUGCCGCCCACAUAAUCGGGUCCUACACCAUGAACAUGGAGGAGUUCGCAGUACAAGCGGUCCAUGCUGGGGUUGUCCCACCCUUGAUUGAGCUCUUACGUGGAAGGCUCACCUGGGUUGAGCAGAGAGUGGCUGUUCGAGCUCUUGGGCACUUAGCUACUUAUCCAAGCACUUUUCCUUCUGUGGCAGGCCAUGGAGAAAUCCUCGAGCUCUCCAUACAGCUUGCAAUGAGCUCAUUAGAAAUAGUCUACUCGCAUUUUUAUCAAUAUGUUGAUAGGAGGCUGAACUACCACUGUGACCUCCUGACAAGGGGGAUGGGUGGGGUUGAGAUGGAGUCGAGGAAGGCCGAGGAAUGGGCCAGUCAGCUCCAAUGCUGGUCCUUGCAGCUCAUUAACUGCUUUGCCUUUAAGCCUGAGUUUCUUCCAACUAUCUGCAAGCCUGAGUUUUUGGUCAAGCUUCCUGGUAUGUGGGGUGGCCUCGUUAAUGAAAAUUCACCGGCAGGCAUUGGUCUGUUGAGGACGAUCUGUCACCACAAGGUGGGUCGUGGCCCAGUGGCCAGCUGCCCUGGAAUAGUUGAAGCACUAUGUAAUAUUGCCCGUUCAUCGGAUGACUGGCAAUAUAUGGCAAUCGACUGUCUGCUUUGGCUGCUUCAAGACUCGAAUUCUUGUCAAAAGGUGGUUGAGAAGGCAGUUCCUGCUCUAGUAGACCUUGCAGAAAUCACAAAUCUGGGUGAUCACAAGAAGCUUGGGGACUCCAUUGUUACCGUUCUUGAAGAAUGUCUUCAGUCACAAGCUGCUGGUCGUAACUCUUUCAGCAGUCGGACAAAGGAACAGAUUGAGGAGCUCUUAAGUUCCAGGCAGAGACUGAAGUGGGAGAAGGGCAUGCCUAAGGAGGAUCUUCACAUCAAACAGGCUGCUGCACUUGUGGUUAAGCUCGAGGGCAACUCUCUGUUCUCAUCAGGAAAUAUCUCUGUGGCCGCCUCGAAGUACUCAGAGGCACUGGCUUUAUGCCCAAUGAGAUCGAAGAAGGAGAGAGUCGUCCUGUACAGUAACCGGGCCCAGUGCCACCUUCUACUCCAACAACCCUUGGCGGCUAUUAGCGAUGCAACCCGGGCUCUCUGCCUACACAGCCCUCUUAAUCGCCACGCAAAGAGCCUUUGGAGAAGAGCUCAGGCCUAUGACAUGCUCGGGUUAGCAAAGGAGAGCUUGUUAGAUGCAAUUCUUUUCAUAAACGAGUGCUCCCAAUCAAGCGAUCCCGAUCUUUCAUUGAGGCAGAACAAGGUUCCCGAUUAUGCGGAGAGGUUAGUGAAAAAGCAGAUGAGAGCUGCUUGGUUGUUUAGGGAGGCGGCAAUUAAGCAUGGUGGGGUCCAGUGUGAGGGUGAUGGACGCGAUGUGUACGGUGUGCAAGAUACAGACGAUUCUGAAUGGGAGACAGCGAGUGAGAGUGACAUAGGAAAUGAUGGGAGGGAUGAGAUGGGUGAAGAGGAGGAUGAUGAGGAAGAGGAUAAGCGAGUGGAAAAAUGAGGAUGGGGAACUAUGAUUAAAGCUUGCUUGACUCCUGAAGGUAUAUAUUGGAAGAAUGUAAAGCAUGGAAAUUGUUUUGAGCUUGUGGGAGAUGAUCCUAGAUUUCAGCGAAUGAAACACCGGGAACCGGUCAGCAAGAUUUCAUCUUUCGGCUGCAAAGCUUUACCAGAAGGUGGUCAGAAGUAAGAUAUAUAUGGUUUUGCGUUUUGUCAUAGGAACAUGUCUUUAGCCUUUCUUUUAUUCCAUUUCAUUCUUAUUGUUUAUGGGGUUUGUUAAUGUUGUUUGUUGAGUCUGCUGACAUUCCCUUGUUUCCCUUUCUUGAUGUGAAUUGUGAUCUAAGAGGCUUGUGUACAUAACGACCCGUGUGGGUUCUUUGAAUUUUGAACAUAAAUUGUGUGAUAGGAAAUGAAAGUGUUUGCUUUCUUUUUUCCGUUUC